AUUCCCCGGGUGGAGCCCCCCCUUCACUUUCCUUCUCGUCCUCUGUGUUUCUCCUCUCUUUAUUCCCUUCCCCCUCUAGCAUUGCCACCUUCUCUCCUACACGCACGCAGGCAUAUAAACGUAGGUUUUUGAUGCUCGUCUGCCUGUUGACCCCGCUAUUUUCAUGUUUCCAACAGGUUUUUCUUCCCCCAAUCCCUCAGCUGCUGCUGCUGCUCAAGAGGUCAGAUCAGCCACUGAUGGUAAUACCAGCACCACUCCGCCCACCUCUGCCAAGAAGAGAAAGUUAAACAGCAGCAGCAGCAGUAGCGGCAGUAACAGUAGUAACGAGAGAGAAGACUUUGAUUCCACCUCUUCCUCCUCUUCCACUCCUCCUUUACAACCCAGGGAUUCGGCAUCCCCUUCAACCUCGUCCUUCUCGUGCCUGGGGGUCCCAGUGACUGCUCCCAGCCACGUACCGAUACAGAAGAAGCUGCGUUUUGAAGAAAACCUGGAGUUUGUAGGGUUUGAUGCGAAGAUGGCUGAGGAAUCCUCGUCCUCGUCCUCAUCUUCACCAACUGCUGCAACAUCUCAGCAGCAGCAACUUAAAAAUAAGAGUAUAUUAAUCUCUACUGUGGCUUCGGUGCAUCAUGCAAACGGCCUGGCCAAAUCUUCCACCACCGUCUCUAGCUUUGCUAACAGCAAGCCUGGCUCUGCUAAGAAGUUAGUGAUCAAGAACUUUAAAGAUAAGCCUAAAUUACCAGAAAACUACACAGAUGAAACAUGGCAGAAGCUGAAAGAAGCAGUGGAAGCUAUCCAGAAUAGUACUUCAAUUAAGUACAAUUUAGAAGAACUCUAUCAGGCUGUGGAAAAUCUCUGUUCUUACAAGAUUUCUGCAAACUUGUACAAACAGCUGAGACAGAUUUGUGAAGAUCACAUCAAAGCACAGAUUCAUCAGUUCAGAGAAGACUCUUUGGAUAGUGUUCUUUUUCUGAAGAAGAUUGAUAGAUGUUGGCAGAACCAUUGUAGGCAGAUGAUCAUGAUCAGGAGCAUCUUUUUGUUUCUGGAUAGGACUUAUGUUCUUCAGAAUUCAAUGCUACCAUCCAUUUGGGACAUGGGACUGGAAUUAUUUAGGGCUCAUAUUAUAAGUGAUCAGAAAGUCCAGAAUAAGACAAUUGAUGGCAUUCUUCUUUUGAUUGAGAGGGAGAGGAAUGGUGAAGCAAUUGAUAGAAGUUUACUCCGAAGCCUUCUAAGCAUGCUCUCUGAUUUGCAAAUUUAUCAGGAUUCUUUUGAACAACGAUUUUUGGAAGAAACUAACCGACUGUACGCAGCUGAAGGCCAAAAAUUAAUGCAGGAAAGAGAGGUUCCUGAAUACCUUCAUCAUGUUAAUAAACGUCUAGAAGAAGAAGCAGACAGACUUAUUACUUACUUAGAUCAGACCACCCAGAAGUCAUUAAUUGCUACUGUGGAAAAACAACUUCUAGGAGAACACUUAACAGCAAUUCUUCAGAAAGGUUUAAAUAACCUCCUUGAUGAAAACCGAAUUCAAGAUUUAUCUCUCCUGUAUCAGCUCUUCAGUAGAGUUCGAGGUGGCGUUCAGGUUCUCUUACAACAAUGGAUUGAAUACAUUAAGGCGUUUGGUAGCACUAUUGUAAUUAAUCCUGAAAAGGAUAAAACCAUGGUUCAAGAAUUGCUGGAUUUUAAAGAUAAGGUUGACCAUAUAAUUGAUAUCUGUUUCCUGAAGAAUGAAAAGUUUAUCAAUGCUAUGAAAGAAGCAUUUGAAACAUUCAUUAACAAAAGACCAAACAAGCCUGCUGAACUUAUAGCGAAGUAUGUGGAUUCAAAGCUUCGUGCAGGGAACAAAGAAGCUACCGAUGAAGAACUUGAAAAAAUGUUGGAUAAGAUUAUGAUUAUAUUUAGAUUUAUAUAUGGUAAGGAUGUUUUUGAGGCCUUCUAUAAGAAAGAUUUAGCCAAGCGCCUUUUAGUUGGGAAAAGUGCAUCUGUAGAUGCUGAAAAAUCAAUGCUGUCCAAACUUAAACAUGAAUGUGGAGCUGCUUUCACCAGCAAACUUGAAGGAAUGUUUAAAGACAUGGAACUUUCUAAAGACAUCAUGAUUCAGUUCAAACAGUAUAUGCAGAACCAGAAUGUACCUGGGAAUAUUGAAUUAACUGUGAAUAUCCUGACAAUGGGUUACUGGCCAACAUAUGUGCCUAUGGAAGUUCAUUUACCACCAGAGAUGGUAAAACUUCAGGAGAUUUUCAAGACAUUUUACCUUGGCAAACAUAGUGGCAGGAAACUUCAAUGGCAAUCAACUCUAGGACACUGCGUACUAAAGGCAGAGUUUAAAGAGGGUAAAAAAGAACUCCAGGUCUCUCUUUUUCAAACACUGGUGCUGCUAAUGUUUAAUGAGGGAGAGGAGUUCAGCUUAGAAGAGAUCAAGCAGGCUACUGGAAUAGAGGAUGGAGAGUUAAGGAGAACAUUGCAGUCAUUGGCCUGUGGCAAAGCCAGAGUUCUGGCGAAAAAUCCAAAGGGUAAAGAUAUCGAAGAUGGUGACAAGUUCAUUUGUAAUGAUGAUUUCAAGCACAAACUUUUCAGGAUAAAGAUCAAUCAAAUUCAGAUGAAAGAAACGGUUGAAGAGCAAGCUAGUACCACAGAAAGAGUAUUUCAAGAUAGACAAUAUCAAAUUGAUGCUGCAAUUGUUCGAAUUAUGAAGAUGAGAAAGACACUUAGCCACAAUCUCCUUGUUUCAGAAGUGUACAACCAGUUGAAAUUUCCAGUCAAGCCUGCUGAUCUUAAGAAGAGAAUAGAAUCUCUAAUUGACCGAGACUACAUGGAAAGAGACAAAGAAAAUCCAAACCAGUACAAUUACAUUGCGUAAAAUGUUGUUGGCCUUGAAGCAGUUGCUGUCAUACACAAUAGCCAGUGGCUAAACUAACCUGUUGUUGUUUGAAUUCUUUUAUACUACCAAUGACCAAAUGAAACAGUGUAAUGGGAAUAGUUGAGUGACUUUUCAGUGGUUAACAUGCCCAUUUAAAGAGUAAUACUUACCUUUAAAAAGAAUGUUGUUGAACUCUUUGCAUGUUAUUUAGUAUGAUGUGCAGAAAACUCUUUAAGAAAGUACCCGGUUUUCAUGAUUCCUAUUUGGAACUGGGGAAGAGGUCCUUAUGGCUAUUAAAGAAGGAGGAGGGGGUUCUUAUACACCAUUUAAUUAUGAAGCAAAAGGUUUAUUUGCUUAAAAUGUCAUUUAAAGAUACUUAAACUGCAUGCAAACUUUAUUUACUGUACAGAGUUCUGGAUGUAUUUAUCAAAUAGAAAAACCACCCUGGACUUGAUUGUUCACCUGUUUUGUGAUUUCCCUUGAAGAGAAAAAUAUGUUGUCAUAGCUCUUGAUAUUUUACUAAGUAAUGUUCUGUUACACUGAAAGGGAUGUUUUUAAAAUUUUUAUUUGAAAAUAAGUUUUCAAGUAGAGGGACAGUUGCUUACAUAUUGUCUUGUAUACACACAUCCUAAAAUGUUCCAUUUAUGAGAUGUGUGUAUAUGGUUCAGCCCUGAGUUUACUGUGCUGAUUAACAGGUACUUAUAAAAAUAGCUGAAAUAGAAAAUUGCUGAUCAGUUGUGCUAGAAGAACAUGGUAGGAGAGAAAAACCCAACUAUUUCUUCGUAUUAAAAAUGAAUAUAAUAUGAACAUUGCAAAAGAGACCAAACCCACAUUUUGUAACUUUUUACAAGAGCAAAAAUUCACAAACUAGUUUUCAACUUCCUUUAGACUUCAAAAUUGUUUGGAUAGUUUUGUCUUUGACUUGGACCAAUUGUAGAUUGUUACAGGCUUCCUGGGAUUUAGCAUUCCAAUUUUCUCUACCAAAGUUUUUUUUGGAAGCACCUCAACUCUCCUUUGGAGAAGGCACUGGCAACCCACUCCAGUACUCUUGCCUGGGAAAUCCCAUGGAUGGAGGAGCCUGGUAGGCUGCAGUCCAUGGGGUCGCUAGGAGUCAGACACGACUGAAGCAACUUAGCAGCAGCAGCAACUCUCCUUUUUGUUGGCAUAUUAGUCUUUCCUGUUAUCCUUAUUUUAACUUCCUUAAAGCCCUAGAUAGAACUAGAUCCUCAUUUUCCCCACACACCCCCUCAUUGGGAUUUCAAAUUCUGUAUUAUGCUGAUCUUAUUCUUUGCAAAGUUGCUUGAAGGUAAAGAGUUCUCAUAGCCACUGGACACCUGCUUUUCAGAGGAAUGUCCUAGGAUUGUUCAUACAUAGAAAACAGCAAAAGUAUUGUUUUUUUCAAAUUGAUAAUGUGAGUAAAAGCUUCUCUUUACCAUCAGUGGUUUUUUGGUUUUGUAUUUGGGGUUUUGUUUUGCUUCCUUGUUUGUUUUUCCUUGAAGUUUUGAAGGGAAUUGAUCUUGGAAGAGAAGCAGAAAUUUUGUUUUGGUUUAGAAAAAUCAGAACUGCUAUUAUGCUUUUUGCAGCAGUUUAUUUCCUUGACUAUUUGAAGCUAUUGGGAAGAAUACCUAGGUCCUAACCCUCAGCUGAGAAGACUUUCAGCUCUUGUGUUUGCUCUUGAUUGAUUUAUUGAGUUCUCAAGGACCUGUGACCAUAUUUUUUUAAGCUGCCUGUUUUCUAAUUGCAUCAAUUUACACACUGUUGUCUAAUAAUAUGUGGUAUUUAGAAUGCCGCCUUAAUUAUUUUGAGCAGCCAUUGCCUGUAUUUUCUUAGCACCUCGUUGGUUUUCUUACAUGAACUCAUCUGACAGGGAAAUGCAGCUUUUUUGUUUGCCCUCUCUGCAUACUGGACCGUCUAAUUCAGUGUUCUAACUAAUCCCUGAUGGUCUCUGAGCUACUGUUCUACCAGACUCAGUAGUUAUGUGCUUCAGGAAUUUUUCGGUAGAAUUGGUCCUAUUAGAAUACUCUUGGUGUCACCUUUGUUAUCUUAAAAGCUGGUCCCUUCGCUGAGGCUCUUAAUGUUUUGAAAAUCUGAUGCUAUUUCAGCUGAAAAAAAUAGGUAAGACUGUUUUAAAAAUUGAGGGAAGCCAUUUAAGAAAUGGAAAAGUAAUCGCAAACAACAUUGGGUAGUUGUGACUUUCAGUUCUGUAUCAGUUGAAUUUUUGUGCUCUUUUCCCUGUGUACGUGGUGGUUCUAUUUUUCUCCAAUAAAACUUUUUAUUUAAAAAAAA